UCAACUUACCAACACCAUGGUCUGCUCCUGUUGUGGCUCCACCUGUGGUGGCCAAGGCUGUGGCUCUGGCUGUUGUGGCUCCCGUAGCUGCUGCCAGCCUUGCUGCCACCCCUGCUGCUGCAUUUCCAGCUGCUGCCAGCCCUGCUCCUGUACUUCUAGCUGCUGCCGCCCCUGCUGCUGCCACCCCAGCUGCUGUAUUUCUAGCUGCUGCCGCCCCUGCUGCUGCCAACCCUGCUGCUGCCGCCCCAGCUACUGUACUUCUAGCUGCUGCCAACCCUGCUGCUGCCAGAGCACCUGUUGCAGGACCACCUGCUACAGGCCCACCUGCAUUGUGUCCACCUGCUGCCGCCCCAGCUGCUGCGGAUCCAGCUGCUGCCAGCCCUGCUGCCGCCCCAGCUGCUGCCAGCCCUGCUGCCGCCCCAGCUGCUGCGGGUCCAGCUGCUGCCAGCCCUGCUGUGGGUCCAGCUGCUGCCAGCCCUGCUGCCGCCCUAGCUGUUGUAUUUCCAGCUGCUGCCAGCCCUGCUGCCGCCCUAGCUGCUGCGGGUCCAGUUGCUGCCAGCCCUGCUGCGGGUCCAGCUGCUGUGGGUCCAGCUGCUGUCAGCCUUGCUGCCGCCCUACUUGCUGCCAAACCACCUGCUGUAGAACUACCUGCUGCCGCCCAGCCUGCUGUGGUUCCUCUUGCUGCUAAAUGUAUGGAUUGCUCACUAUUUUCACCCCAUUCCAGAGAGGUAUCAGUUCCUUUACUGAUGUGACUCAGUAUGAGUAAAGUUUGUACAAUCAGCCAAUUAUAAGCUGAUCACAAGAGAUCCAUUUGGAAACCUCCAUCAGUGUUUCCUUCUUCAGUGCAAGCCAUCACCUCUCUGUUCUUCUUUUCCUCUUGCAUGAUCAACAGCUUUUAAUUUAAUUUUAAGCCUCCCAAGUCAAACUCUAAUCUGAUCCUCCAACCUUCUGUCUUUCUUCUUGGCCUUCAAUUCACCAGAUUAUGCUGUUAUGAGAAGAAAAUUAACUGCUCUCACUCUACGAUUUUAGGACUGAGAUUCCAAAAAUGUUUCCUUCCUCGAUUCCCUCUUAUGCUGAUUUUCCAUUGCCUUCAUGCUUGGCAAUUUCUAAAUAAAACUCAGGUCUCCUGGCAAUAA